CACACACGUGGAAUAUGUUCAAGUUAUUUGGUUUGAUGCUCUUGCUGACAACGGCGGUGCUGGCACGCCCCGAACCGCCCGUCAACACCUAUCUGCCGCCCACUCCCGGCGACAGCUACGGCGCCCCCGGCCAGGGUCAGGGACAGGCACAGGGCGGCAGACCUUCGAGCAGCUAUGGCGCUCCUGGUCAGGGACAGGGACAGGGCCAACCUGGCUUCGGCGGCAAGCCCUCCGAUUCGUACGGCGCUCCUGCAGCUGGUAAUGGCAACGGAAAUGGAAAUGGUCGUCCCUCGAGCAGUUAUGGCGCACCUGGUCAGAGCCAGGGACAAAACGGUUUUGGUGGACGUCCAUCGAGCAGCUAUGGUGCUCCUGGUCAGGGUGCUGCUGGCAAUGGUAACGGCAAUGGCAAUGGUCGUCCCUCCAGCAGCUACGGUGCUCCAGGUCAGGGUCAGGGACAGGCUGGCAGACCCUCGGAUUCGUAUGGUGCUCCUGCAGGUGGUAAUGGCAAUGGCAACGGAAAUGGACGUCCCUCGAGCAGUUAUGGCGCUCCUGGACAAGGACAAGGCCAGGGCGGCUUCGGUGGUGCUUCAGGCGCAGGCAAUGGCAACGGUAAUGUGCGUCCCUCCAGCAGCUAUGGUGCUCCAGGUCAGGGACAGGGUGGCAGACCAUCCGAUUCGUAUGGCGCUCCUGGUGCAGGCAACGGCAAUGGACGUCCUUCCAGCAGCUACGGUGCUCCUGGUCAGGCUCAAGGCGGUUUCGGUGGCAAACCCUCAGAUUCUUAUGGUGCCCCUGGAGCUGGUGCUCCUGGUCAGGGUCAGGGUACAGGUGGCUUCGGUGGCGGCAAGCCUUCCGAUUCAUAUGGUCCGCCCGCAUCAGGAGCUGGCGCUGGUGGUGGCCCCGGUGGUGCUGGCGGUGCUGGUGGCGACUACAAUAACGAUGAGCCCGCUAAAUACGAAUUUAAUUACCAAGUUGAGGACGCUCCAAGCGGGCUCUCAUUCGGGCAUUCAGAGAUGCGCGACGGUGACUUCACCACCGGCCAGUACAAUGUUCUGUUGCCCGAUGGAAGGAAGCAAAUCGUUGAGUAUGAGGCGGAUCAGCAAGGUUAUCGUCCACAGAUUCGCUACGAAGGCGAUGCCAAUGGUGCUGGCGGUGCUGGCGGUGCUGGCGGCGCUGGCGGUCAGGAUUUGGGUCAGGCUGGCUACUCCAGCGGUCGUCCAGGUGGACAGGAUUUGGGGCAGAAUGGCUACUCCGGUGGUCGUCCCGGCGGACAGGAUUUGGGCCAGAAUGGUUACUCUAGCGGUCGCCCAGGCGGACAGAAUGGAUACUCUGGCGGUCGUCCUGGCGGUCAAGAUGCGGCUCAAGGUGGUUACUCUGGUGGUCGUCCCGGCGGUCAGGAUUUGGGUCAAAAUGGUUACUCUGGUGGCCGUCCAGGUGGACAGGACUUGGGUCAGAAUGGCUACUCUGGUGGUCGUCCAGGUGGACAGGAUUUGGGUCAGAAUGGCUACUCUGGUGGUCGUCCAGGUGGUCAAGAUCUAGGCCCGAACGGUUAUUCCAGCGGACGGCCGGGCGGCAAUGGCAAUGAUAAUGGUAAUGGUGGCUCCGAUGGUGGUCGCGUCAUUAUCAGAGGACGUGUAACUGGCCAGGAUGGCGGUGAUGGACAGGGUUAUUCAGGUGGUCGUCCCAGCGGACAGAAUGGCGGCAAUGGACAGGACAACAUCGAUGGUCGUGGCUAUUCCAGCGGCAGGCCCGGACAAGGACAGGGACAGGGACGCAAUGGCUUCGGACCUGGUGGCCAGAAUGGUGACAACGAUGGCAGCGGUUACAGAUAUUGA